CUAUUCUGUCCCUUUCAGCCCUUUCCAGCAGCGCAUUCGUGCAGCUACGGCAGCAAACAGGAACCUUGGGACGCUUUAAGGCCAGGCGAGUUUCUCCACUCAUGACAUCUCGCCCGCUGGAGCUGUGGCUGGACGCACGAGCUGACAAACAAAUCGGCAAGCAAAGCUAUCCAUUCAACAGAGUGCUGUACGCUGGGCACACAGCCAUCCCUGAGUUGAGAGAUGAGGACCUCAUGGAGAUGGAUGGAGUGCUGAGGAAGGGAAUCAAUGAGGUGGGCAAGGUGGUCAAGAUCAUUCAGCCCGAGGACCAGAACGAGGGCAAGAAGCUCAUUGGAUCUGUGGAAUGGAUUGUGAUUGACUGCGACGGUACGACUGGACACAAAGCGCACAUGCGGGCGCGCACAGGAGCAAAACACACAUGGGUGACUUUGUGUGCGUGUAGAUUGGGUGCAGAUCCCUGGCGAGAACAUGGUGGCGGCAAGCCACCAGACGCCCACGCGGAUCUGUGCCGUCGUCACGGACGCCUCGCAGAUACAGGGGCUGGCCUUCUCACUGCAGGUGGGUCAGCCGCUCAUCGGGGUGUGUUUAGGCACAUGUCUUUUCAUGGGCUGUUUGCUUUGCACAUGUAUACUGUAGUUGGGUGUGGAUGCGCUGCUGCUGCCGCCAGACCAGGCCAUGUGGAAGGCCGCUUUGGAGGCGCGCACCACGAGGGGCCAGGGCACCCAGCCCACCAACGCAGAGGCAUCUCAGCCCUCUGCAAAGGUAUUGGACGAGGCGUGCAUGCUGAUGGGGAAUGGUUUGAUUCAUUGUUUUCAUUCACUCAGGGGGUCGCCAGUGCGCACAGCGGGCUUCGGUUUGCUCGUGUGGUGUCUGUGAGUGAUGGAGGUGUCGGGGAUCGUGUCUGCCUGGACCUCAUCCAGAACAUGCGGCACGGCGAGGGCGCUCUGGUAGGCUACGUACUUGGGCUCUCACCACCCACUACCACCAGAGGGCCAUCUUAAGCUUAUGUCCGUCUGCGUGCAGGUGGGCUCCAGUGCAAUGAGGCUGGCCUUCGUGCAUGCUGAGACCAUCCCUGCGGGGUUCGUGCCGGCCCGACCGUUUCGCAUCAAUGCCGGCCCCGUGCACGCCUACUGCCUGAUGGGCGACGGCAAAUCCACCAAGUACCUGUCUGAAAUACAGGUGGGCGGGGCGGCUGUGAGUGACGUCAGCCAGCAACAAGGACGGCCGUGUGUGCUGCUGCAUGGUGUGUGCAUGAGUGUGUGUCAGGCCGGCGAUGAGAUAGCGGUGGUCAGUCUGCCUGCAGGGGCCGACGGGAGUGUCACGUCGCGUGCAGUGUCGGUCGGAAGAUGCAAAGUCGAGCGGCGGCCGGUGCUCAAGGUCAUCUUCCAGGUGACUGCCUGCCUGCCUGCCUGCCUGCGUACCCAGGGCAAGCACUUCAGUGACCUGCUUUGCUGUCAUUCUGUGCGUGCAUGGCCGUGUCAGAUUGAAUCAGCAGAUGGCACGGCAGCCCCAUCAGCCGGCAACGUGAGACGAGAAACGACACGAUGGAGAUCCAUUUGUGACUCCUCCAUGUGUUCCCUCUGUUGUCCUCCUUCUCUGCAGGUGUUUCUGCAGCAGGCCGAGACCGUGAGGCUCCUGAAAAGGGACGAGGGCACUGAGAGGCCCUCGGGCGAGCACGCCUUCCUGCUUCCUGGUGGAGGUGAGGGUGAGUCGGUGUGUUGGGUGGUGCCGGUCUCCAUCACAAGCCUCAAAGCAGGUAGCUGCAGACAGCAUGGUCGGUGCUCCAGUCGAUGUGUGUAUGUGCUCUUCCAGGCGACAGCAUAUUGGUUCGAGGACAGUCAGUGGGGACGCAUCUGGGGCAGCCCAUCGAUGCCAAAGUGGUCGAGAUUUAGCGUGUCUCAUUCAUCAGAUUCCGUAUCAUUCAUGCCUUCCCUGUUUUGUUCCAAAAAUCGAUGGAGGGCAAUGCAGAACAGACAGAUGCCUGACUGUGUGCCUGCCCUUGCUCUUGCUCUGUCUGCAUUGCCUUCCUUGGAUCUUGCUGCCUGGGGGAAAGCAAUUUGUGUGAGUGUGUGGAUGGACAAACAAAUGGUCGGACGGAUGGGUGGAUGCGACGGGCUCACUGACUGACUAGCUGAUCGGUGCUGCUUUGCAUGUGACUGUGUGCGUGUACAAAAUAAUCUGCUUGUAUGCUUCCAUCUGAGUGAGAGACAGGCCGACACACAAGGCAGGCAGCAC